UUACUUCACCAGAUUAGGUUAAGAGUAUAGGCGGCAACACAAAACGGUGGGAGAGUUAUUGGCGCCAUAAACCUUUCCUUCUUCUAAGAAGCGUAGCAUUUUCUUAUAACUGACUCGAUCGAUUCUCUCAAGUAUUAUUGCUGUUUAGCAGAAAGAGGAAAACGAGAAGGUUGAAAGAUGGAGAAUAAUAGCGAGAAAAAUCUAUACGAGGUUCUUGGUGUCGGAGCGACAGCAACACAACAGGAGAUAAGGAAAGCAUACCAUAAGUUGGCAUUAAGGCUUCAUCCUGAUAAAAACAAGGACGAUGAGGAAGCUAAGGAGAAGUUUCAGCAGCUGCAGAAGGUGAUAUCUAUUCUCGGUGAUGAAGAGAAGAGAGCUGUCUAUGAUCAAACUGGCUCCGUUGAUGAUGCUGAUCUUUCGGGUGAUGUGGUUGACAACUUGAGGGACUUCUUCAAGGCAAUGUACAAGAAGGUCACCGAGGAAGAUAUUGAAGAGUUUGAGGCCAACUACAGGGGCUCUGAGUCUGAGAAGAAAGACUUGAUCGAGCUUUACACCAAGUUUAAGGGUAGAAUGAGCAGGCUUUUCUGCUCAAUGCUUUGCUCAAACCCCAAGCUUGACUCACACCGUUUCAAAGAUAUUAUCGAUGAGGCUAUUGCAGCAGGAGAAGUGAAGGCAACAAAAGCUUACAAGAAAUGGGCAAAGGAAAUUUCAGAAAUAAAACCCCCCACGAGUCCCCCAAAGACCAGACGAAAGGCAAAAAGGGGCGCAGAGACAGAUCUUUGUGCUUUGAUUUCACAGCGAAGAGAUGCGAGGAAAGAGAAGUUCGAUACAAUGUUCUCGUCACUUAUGUCAAGGUAUGGUGGAAAUGCUGACUCAGAGCCAAACGAAGAAGAAUUUGAAGCUGCCAAGAGAAAACUUGAAAGCCAGAGAUCAUCAUCAUCAUCCAAGAAGAAGAAGCCAAGAAGAAAGUAAUAAGCCGCAGUGUGAGUGUGAUCUCUAGGUUUUGUGUUUUUGAUGGACAAGAAAGUUCUCAGAAUCUCACUAGAUCACAUGUUCGAUCUCCAAUGGUUAAAUCUCUGCUACAGUCUAAAGAAUAUCUAAUCGUAAUUCUUAUUUGAAAGUACA